AUGAGCGCCUUCGGUGCGCUGCUAGGGCAGCGAGCGCUGCACACCAACCACAAUAGUGAGGUUGUCACUCGCCGCAUCCUGGCGGUACGAGUGGAUGGCUGGGUGCAGCUUGGCACUGACGGCCUGGGGGGCUACAGCGACUCCUUGCCGUGGAUAUGCCCACAGAACUACCGUGUGCUGGAACGCAUGCGCGAUGACACCAAUGGUGACAUGCAGUUGCCACUGCUGCGAGGCCCACCUCCUGAUCCCACUGCACGGCCUGAGUCUCCUGCUACGCCGGGUCCCCUUCCUGCGCCGGACAGAGCGUUCCGACCUCCACCAGGUGAUGACGCCACACGUGUGCGGAGCAGAUCUCCGGUGCUAACCGGUUCCACGAAGCGGCUGGUGUGGGUCGGCAACCUCCCGCCAAACAUCCAGUUGACCCGCCUGCGGCGUGAUUUCGCCACCGCGGGCGACCUGGAUGAAGCAACGGUCUUUCCAAAGAAGGAGCAUGCUUCGGCGACUCUGCUCUAUUCCACGCCUCAUGGAGCCUCGGAGGCCGUUUCACACUGGCACAAAUCCAGCUACCUCGGCCGAACUAUUCGGGUGGAGCUGGCGAAACGCCAGCGCUAG